AGCAAGAACAUUCAGUAUCGGAAUAAUCGACGUAACAAACAGAAUUUGAUUUUCUUCACGUUCCAAUUCUUGAGGCGCUUUAACGCAGCUGGUUCUGCUAGCCUCCUAACUAACCGUACCGUACCGUGACCUUUGUACCUUUUCGCCUACAAUUCGUCCCGAAAAACUUCUUACGAACCCGAGUUUCGACUUUCGUUAUAUGUCAAUCGCAUUAAAUCAGGAAAAGGAAAAUGAUUACAUAUGGACAAGGUUUCGAUGACGAGCGCGCGCAAAUCGUCCCGACUGGUGUCUUCAGCGGAUGCGAGUUUGCACAGCAGCCAUCACCGCCGACAUUCAACGGGAAUUACGACUACGGUCACGUCUUCGUUAAUUCCGCGUCCAACUGUUACGACGACUUCGACGCUGGACUGUUGGAUGACGGUCAGGUGCCGUUCUGCGGUGGCUAUCAGCAGCAACGCGUAAACCAUUUGGGAUACAAUCAGCAGCAGCGCAACGUCUACGAUUCCCAGAAUUUCGACUACAUUUCCAUUAAACCCGAACCGAAGACCUUGCUCGAAUGCUUGAACGCCAAUACCGGCUCCGUGUCGUGCAGCACCAAUUCAGUGCCGCGUCGUAGCACCGCUGCGCCCGUCUACACCAUGCCGCAACAACCAGCGCAUCCAGUGCCACAGGAAACCCAACAGGAUAUGGGCUUUUCACUGGCACGGGACAAGAUCGAGCAAGUACAGCAACUGGCCAUCCGUCAGGCUAUUGCCGAUAUGCAGAGCGCCUGCAAAAUUCUGCAGAUCCCGGCAGAGCCAUUCUUUUGGACAAAAGAACAAACACGAGCGUGGUUAAUCUGGACUUGCCAGCAUUACAAUCUGUCCCACUGCAUUGAUUUGCGCCAAUUCGACUUCGACGGUUUCCAUCUCGUCAUGCUGCAGGAAUCCGACUUCAAAAGACUAGCUCCGGUCUGCGGAGAAUUCCUGUGGUCGAUUCUCGAUAUUUGGCGCACCGCUGCCGGUGGCAACAGUAUCAAGACGGAAACCGACAUCGGUGGCUACGGCUGCCAACCGCAACGCGGACAGCCGAUGUCGGCUUCUCCAGUGGAUUACACAAAUAACGCAGUCAGUAUUGAUCAGUACAGUACUUAUGGAUGUGUCACAAGCUUCGACGGACCCUACUCCAACUGCACUAUGACCUCUGCCAUGUCCAUCUCGGCCGGGAGUCCAGGAUCAUGCGGCGAAUCUUGUGGGAAUGACAGCGGCUUCGAAAAUGAAACCAUCAGUGAAGAUGAUCGAAGCAGCAUGGACGGCGAUAUGGAUCACAACAUGGACAGCACUUCGGGUGGCUCGCACACACAUUUGUGGCAGUUUUUGAAAGAAUUGUUGGGAAAACCCCAUAUUUACUCAUCGGCAAUUCGCUGGGUUGACCGUUCGAAAGGCAUCUUCAAAAUUGAAGAUUCGGUUCGAGUGGCCCGUUGUUGGGGCAAACGCAAGAAUCGCCCGGCAAUGAACUACGACAAACUGAGCCGGUCUAUUCGCCAGUACUACAAGAAAGGCAUCAUGAAGAAGACCGAGCGCUCCCAACGGCUGGUGUACCAGUUCUGCCCAGCGUAUGCCCACUGAGAAACUGCAAUCAUCACCGGAAAUGCGUCAGCAUAUUAUGUGUGUGUGUGUCUUCAGCCCGUAGUAUAUAUAUCGCCGAUCACAUCGCUUGCGUCCACUACACCUCAUCAUCCACAUCAAAUAGCCGCCCACAAGUAUUUUUCCGUCCAUUUUCCUCGUUUCUCGUGCCGUGCAAUUUAUUUUGGACGGUUUGGUGCAGUUGGUGUUUGGAGGUAAUAUGGAGAGGGCUCUCGUGAACAGUGCUGGGAACUUAUUAAGGGAAGCAACCCGUUCGUAGAAUUCAGGCUGGUCCUGAGCAAAGUUCACAACGGGGUUGUAUAUCGCCUUAUAAUUAACCACACAUACACUGAGAGCAUCCUUCGAUCCGACAUCUGCUGCAUUUUUUACACCGCCGACUUGGCAGAUGAAUGUCUGCUGAUUACUUGGUAUAGGCAAAAUUUGCCCGUAUUUUUUUGGUGCUACUUUUUCGGUUGGGUACUCAAGAGGCUGUUUGGUAUUUUUGGAGUGUUUCACUUUUAAAUUGAUUGUAGUUCAAUAUUGUAUUUUACUCUCUCUAGCCUUUUUUUUCCGUUUAUCAAAGACAUUUGGUAAAUGUAAAGUAUGUUCUGUGAACAUACCUGUUUUGUCUCUUUGCGUGUGUUGCCUGUGCUCCGCCAGUUUUAAUCAUGCAUUGUACACUUCGUCAUAUCUAAAAAACUUACGAAAUAA